CUCUUUUAAUUCCCUUUGAGCUAAGAGCAAGAAACAAAAAGCAGAGAAAAAUAGAAACGAGGAAGAAAAUGGGGAGGUAUAAUCAGAUCUGGUAUGCCUUUGGCACCAUGGCUUUGUUAGCCGUUUCAGCCUUAGCGGACGAUGUUGUUGUGUUAACAGAAGAUAACUUCGAGAAGGAAGUCGGUCAAGACAGAGGCGCUCUCGUUGAGUUCUACGCUCCUUGGUGUGGGCACUGUAAAAAGCUAGCUCCUGAAUAUGAGAAGCUUGGAAGCAGCUUUAAGAAGGCAAAGGCUGUUUUGAUCGGAAAGGUGGACUGUGAUGAGCAUAAAGGUGUAUGCAGCAAAUAUGGGGUCUCUGGAUACCCAACUCUUCAAUGGUUUCCUAAAGGAUCGCUCGAACCUAAAAAGUAUGAAGGACCACGAACCGCAGAAGCACUAGCUGAGUUUGUCAAUAAUGAAGGAGGGUCAAAUGUGAAGAUAGCGGCAAUUGCAUCCAGUGUAGUGGUGCUAACUGCUGAUAAUUUUAAUGAUAUUGUCUUGGAUGAAAACAAAGAUGUUUUGGUUGAGUUUUACGCACCCUGGUGUGGCCAUUGCAAAAACCUAGCUCCUACUUAUGAAAAGGUAGCCACAGCAUUUAAAUCUGAGGAAGAUGUCGUGGUUGCCAAUCUAGAUGCUGACAAAUAUAGGGAUCUAGCUGAAAAGUAUGGAGUAAGUGGAUUCCCUACAUUGAAGUUCUUUCCAAAAGGAAACAAAGCUGGGGAAGAGUACGAGGGUGGGAGAGAUUUGGAUGACUUUGUUGCUUUCAUCAAUGAAAAGGCUGGAACCAGUCGCGAUGGUAAAGGACAACUGACCUCCAAGGCUGGUAUAGUUGAAAGUUUGGAUGCCUUGGUAAAAGAGUUCAUAGCUGCUGGUGAUGAUGAGAAGAAAGCAGUCUUUUCCCGAAUUGAAGAGGAAGUUGAGAAACUCAAGGGUUCCACAGCAAGGCAUGGAAAGAUUUAUUUGAAGGCGGCCAAGGCUUGUAUGGUGAAAGGUGCUGAUUAUGCCAAGAAUGAGAUUGAGCGGCUGCAGCGAAUGCUUGAAAAGUCAAUAAGCCCGGCAAAGGCAGAUGAAUUCACCCUGAAGAAGAACAUUCUAUCAACUUUUGCUUGAUCUCCUGAUCUUUUGUUUCACUCGUCUAUAUUUUGGGGGUAAACAUCAUCCAGCUACCCAACCCCAACCUUCACUUUGAAGUAAUCUGGGCAAGUCUUCUUCUCGCAGUUAAAAUCUGUAUCCCUUGGAUUUAGACUGAGCAGGUUCAUUAUAACGAAAUGAUUUUGAGAAACCUUAACUGGCUCGUGAAGUAUAUUUAGAUGCCUUAAUUUUUACUUUCGUACCUUUUAUUUUCAGUGGAGAAACUUCUAGUUUUCAAAUGAAUCUCGCAUCAGACAAAUGAAUAUCUGCCUAUUGAUCUGUUGUGAUCGAUUGAACGUAUGAUCAAGAAUCUUGAGAAGUUUAGUUA